GGGAGGGUAUGUCCUUGGGGCAGUGAUACUUGGGAUAGUGUCCGAAAGACACACAUGCUUCUCUGCAAAGGCAUGUCUGUUGGGGGUGGGAAUGGGGAGAAUGUCAGAUAUUCCAAAACCCCGGAGGCCAAAUUUUCAGCUGAUGUCAAUCUGUGUCGCUCCACUGCCUUCAGUUGACUCCACCAGAGGAUCUGGCCCAUAAGACCUGUUUGUACCUGGCCUCCAGGUGACGUGGCAAGGGCAACAUUAAAAAGUAGCAGCUGUGGAUUAUAAAAAAGGGGCCAUAUAAAUGCCUAACAGAUCGAGUGCCCCUUCGUGCUAUUAUGGGUUCUAUCCCCUUCGUGGAAGGUAGGUCGACUCGUAUUUAACUGAGGUUACACUUGAUCGGAACCAAAAGAAGCCAGGACUUUCAGGAAGAGCAGUCAAAUAAAAUGUAAGUCAGUGUUCCCUGCCCCAGCUGGUCUUUGCCCCCCUGUUUGCAAAUGGAAAAGAAAGAGACUUUAGCAGCAGUCCAGGCUGGUUCCCUCCCCUCCCCCUGCCUGGCUGUCUUUAGAGCUAGGAACACAGCCCGGUGAGGAAAGAAAUAAAAUAACUGACUUCAUCAGGUUUCAUCACAUUCACAGCUAGUUAACCAUGAACUGGUGACUGGUUAACUGCUGCUCGCAGAGCCACAGGAGAGAGUCUGAUUUCGCUUUUGCUGGAAUAAGCAGCAAACACGCAGACAGGCUCCCUGCUUCCUUUAACCUGCAAAAACAAGGGAGUCCUUCAAAGAUCAUCCAUCCACUCAGUCCUCUCUCUUUUCCCUACAGUCUAAAUCCCUGAUAGUGUAAAUCCUCACAUUUGCUUCCCUCCCUCUCUCCCUCAGUCACACACACACUCUCUCCCCCUCCUCCCUAGUCGGCUGCUAUCUGAUCUAUGAUGAUAUGUGAUCUCUUGGAUACAACCACACACACACGCACACACACACAAACCACCAGGCAUUGCUGCUACCCAGCUGAGCAAAAUGUCUUUCUCCUAGCAGCAGUGCUCAUCAUAGCUUUCAAAUCCUUGACGAUGUGGCCAUGCUUUCCCCUCUGCCUUCUACUUUCUCUCUGUUUCUGCCUGCUCUUCCUGCCCUUGGGGCAUCUUUGCCCUCCUCUCUGUAGCUGUAUGGACUCCCACACUAUAGACUGCAGGGAUCAAGGACUCCCCAGGGUUCCUAAUCUGUUUCCACUGGACGUACGGAAACUUCUCAUAGCUGACAACAACAUUCAGGCGAUACCGGCUGAUUUCUUUAUAUUUUAUGGAGAUCUAGUCUACUUGGACUUCAGGAAUAACUCAAUCACCUCCUUAGAAGAGGGCACUUUCAGCAGUUCCACCAAGCUGGUGUUUUUAGACCUAAGCUACAAUAAUUUAACGCAGCUUGAUGCUGGGAUAUUCAAGUCGGCAGAGAAGCUGAUAAAAUUAAGCCUUGGGAACAAUAACCUAGUGGAUGUGGAUGAGGCUGCUUUUGAGAGCCUGGAACAGCUCCAAGUGUUAGAACUGAAUGACAAUAACUUGCAGAGCCUCAACGUGGCUGCCCUGGAUGCACUUCCGUCCCUUCGGACUAUACGUCUAGAGGGCAACCCAUGGGUCUGUGACUGUGACUUUGCCAACCUCUUCAGCUGGAUACAAGAGAAUGCAUCCAAGCUUCAGAAAGGUCUACACGAACUCCAGUGUUCCCUGCCUGUGGAAAACAGAAGAAUCUUUCUGGAUGAAUUAUCUGAGGUCAGCUUCAGUGAAUGCAAAUUUAGUUUGUCGUUAACGGAUCUGUUGAUCAUCAUCUUCUCUGGAGUUGCGGUCUCCAUUGCCGCCAUUCUGUCAAGCUUCCUCUUGGCGGCGCUGGUGCAUUGCUUCCAGAGAUGCGCUCCCAGCAAAGAUGACGAUGACGAAGAAGACAGCGAGGACUGAACCGUUCCUGUAUUUAAAUAUCCCUCGUUUAUAAGUUACUGGAUCAACAGCCAAUGUUGAAGAAGAAGAAGAAAGAAAGAAAGAAAAGCGAAACUAGAUCUCUUGACGCUGGAUCUGUUUCUGUGGAGUUCAAUCAAACAUUGCUUUUAAACUCAGGGUGGGGCUAGGGGAGGAAGAAAGAGGGGAAUGAAUCCAAAAGAAGUCCCGGUGUUUGGAAAAGAUUGUCCUCAUGAUAGCAUAUGUACUUAAUAGAUUGUUCUAAUUGCACCCUGAAAAGGGCCCACUAUAUGUAGCAUAAAUACAGAGCUUUCAGUUGGAAAUACAGAAGCAAUUUCAUAUCGGCUCCUCCCUCUACCUGGGGAGGGGGAGAGUCAGGUAAACUUCCCCAACUUCCCAAAUGACCAAAUUCAAUUAAAUUGGUUCAUAGAGUUGUAUAAACCAUUAUAGGAAGUUUGACGUUUUCUUUAUACACAGUGUCUCUGCUAAGAUUGUCCCACAAGUUAGUGCUCCGAGUUAUGGGCCUCAUUCAAGUAUUUUAAAUAAGCCAAUAGUGUUCUAGGUCUCAACAACAACAAAAACCCUCAAGCAUUAGCAGCAGUUAAGCGGCUGCCCAGCAUAUCUUUGGCCAGGGUAUAAAUAAUGAUAGAUUUCCUUUUGGGUUUGGGGGGCAAUGACGCAAAGACAACCCUUUAGCCCUGCAAUACUAGGGACCAGGAUCUUUAUCCUAAUGUAUCACUCAAAUCCUGGAACAACACUGAGUGUCAUUAGCCACUUGAACAACUUCACUAUAAUCAGCAGAGGGAUACUCUAACUGGAAUUGCAGUCUGCAUACAGCAAUGUACUGAAAUACUCUGGUGCAUUCGUUCUCCUUCAUUAUAAAUAGAGCUUCAUUAGACCCAAGUUCAUGACCAUGAGACCUGAGCAUGAAGCAGAACACUGGUUUUGAACAUCCCCAAAGAUUGAGAGGUUUCUUCUGAGUUUGCAUUUUAAAAUUGGUUCCCUCAGUUGAACUGGAAAAGCCCCAGUCUUGGGCAGGGCCGGCUCUGGCUUUUUUGCCACCGUAGGCAAAAAAGCCACCCGCCGCCCCUCCCCAGCGUGGCAGGGGAGGGCGCCGAGCCCGGCCGGGGCUCUCCGCUCUCCCCGGCGCUCUG